AAAAAAAAAAAAAAAAAAAAAAAGGGCUGCGAAAUCAAGAAGGACAGCGCCCAGAAUAACUGUAAACCUCUGGUAAAUGCGCGCAGCAUCUCGUCGGGAUGGGACGCUGCUUCUCUGCUUCGCCUCGUGGGAUAUUUCAACAGAGACACAGGACAUGCCCUUUGAUUUGCUAAAACCACACGGCUACAGGCAACUCUCUAGGCAUGCAGUGAUUGUAUCGCCCCACUCAGCAGUCCUGUUUGAUCCAAAAGAAACGUGCCUGUCUAAAGAAGCAGGAUGUUCACAGGCUCCACCAAGCUGCCACCCGCUAAAACCCCCCAGCCCGAGAGGCUGGACGAAGUGUAUGCUGCCUUACGCAGAGGCUUACAGUCGUACCUGCAGGUCCACCAGCUGGAGCUGGACAGUCUGGGUCACCAAGUUAGAGAAAACAAGAGAAACGGUCGUCUGGGGUCGUUGUACGAGCAGGACAAGCAAGUGAAAGCCAUAGAGAGGUUCAUGCGCCGCUUGGAGUUCCACCUCAGUAAGGUUGAAGAGCUGUACGAUGCUUAUUGUAUACAACGCAGACUGCGUGAUGGAGCAAGUAAGAUGGUGGCAGCAUUCAACUCUGCAGCUGGCAGCAAGGAAGCUCGGGAGAGUCAGAAUGAAGCCAACAGGGGUUACAGGGAAUGUACAGAGCACAUGUGUUCCCUUGAGAGUGAAAUAGAGAGCCAGAUGGGAGAAUUUCAUGUAAAGAUGAAGGGUCUUGCUGGAUUUGCGCGUCUGUGUGCUGGUGACCAGUAUGAAGUUCUGAUGCGUUAUGGCCGGCAGCGCUGGAGGCUACGAGGUCGAGUGGAAGUCAGCAACAAGCAGAUAUGGGACAGUGAGGAAUAUAUUUUCCUGCCACUUGUUACAGAACUGCUGUCAAUAAAGGUUACGGAGCUGAAGAGCCUGGCUAAUCACGUGGUGGUUGGCAGCGUGUCCUGUGAAAUGCUGGACCUGUUCUGCCCGCUCCCGCAGACGCUCGCCGUGGAUAUCAACGACCUGGGGACAGUAAAGCUGAACCUGGAGGUCACUUGGAGCCCAUUUGAUAAGGAUGACCAGACCUCCUCCUCCAGCACGGUUUCCAAACGGUUGCUGUCCAAUCAGAGCCCUCCGGACACACCAUCCAUGCGAGAGCAGGUGUUCUACAGUGCACCUUGUAGCGGCUCCAGGCAGAGCCGCUCACUGGAGAAGGCUUUUCCCAACCGCACGGCGGAUAGGGCCCGGUUCUUGCGCUGGGAGUCCAACCGUCAACUUCCUCCCUCUGUGUCACCUCAGCCGUCCCUGCUGAAGCGUCAGGGGGAACUUGAGAACGGGACAGUCUGGUCCAACUCCUCGGAAUCCUCUGACGACUCCUCCAGUCCUGCACUGGCUCAUCACGCUCAGAGGCUGACAGCCUCCAACGUGCUCCAAACCACUCUGACGGUGUCAUGCGGCCCGCACAAAUCCACAGCUUCCACUCCAUCGCUCUCCUCCAACCAGGAAGAGGACGAGACAGAAGUGGGAGAUGUUUUCCCGCCUACAGAUGCGGUGUCCAAUGGCCACCUGCAGUCCUCCUGCUCAGACUGCCUCGCUGGAAAGAGCGGCUCAGACUGUCCUGCAAAUCGCAGGUCUUCUGUCCCAUCAGAGGACCUUUCAGAAGUCUCAGCAGAGCUGAGCUUCUCCUGCCCAGAGGAAUCUUCUAUGUCCACAGCGUCUUCAGAGAAGAGGGCAGACAUAAACAGUCCCUGUGAGGACUCAUCAUCACAGGCUGAACAGACUGAGGCAGAUACGCAGGACAGGGACAGAGCUGAAGCUGCAGAACGUCACCAAAAUUCACCACAAGAGUCCAUGCAGCUGUUAAAACAAGCAGAGGAAACUCCGACGGCUCCCUUUCCUGCUUCUGCAAGCUUCAAUCAGGAAGUGGAGACGGCUCUUGAAAGUUUUGACUUUCUCAAUGACUCUGAUUUUAAUGAGGACGAGGAAGACAGACCGCAGGAGGAAGAGAAAGUAGAGGAAGAAGAGCAGUGCGGGGAACGCAUUGAGGACCAAAUUAAAACUGAGGAAGAGACGAACAAUAAAGAAGAAAAGAACACUGAGAACUUGUGCUCCACGGACAGUGACGAUGAGGAGGGAAAUGAUCUGGAGAUUCUCAUGGAAGCGCCUGAGGGAUUCAGGAACUCAGAUGAAGAUUGUCGUUCUGGAUCACAGGCCUCGAGUGUUGAAGAUGAGCAGGAUUUGGGUCUUGUGGAAAUUCCUAAGGCUGAAGAUGAGAUCAGUAAGGAUACAGGAGUUGAAGAGGAAACUUCCCAAGAGCUGUAGGAGCAUCUUUCUAACCCCCCCAGCCCGUUGGCCACUGCUAUCUUGGAGGGCCGAGUGGGGCCACAGCUGAUCCGCUUGUCAUUUCAGUGCCAUUUCUCUGCCACUCUGCAGGCCUUGAGGAUGUUCCAGUCACCACUUAGACAAACAAAUUCUUCUGUCACAGUGGAGUUUGUGCUCAUGUUUGCCUUGUUUACCAAGUACGCUGAACCGGGUGGUUCUUUCCUAAAAAAAACCCACACACACACACAAAAGCACCUCCAACACCAGAGAUCAUUCGUUUGACUUACUCUCCAUCAAGUUGCCUGUGUUAAAGUGGGAUGCCACUAAAGUUUACACUUUUAUAAGCUGAAUAAGAAACAGAUAAGAGGCCUUGUUUCUGAAUUUUCUAAGUCAUUAUUUUCAAACCAUUCUAUAAGUUAAGUCAUCUGUUUACCAAAUUGCAUUAGCCCCCCCAAAAGAAAAAAAGCACCACCAGUAUUUGUGGACAUGACAGAAUUAAGCCAGCCAGUUACAUUUUCAGUGUUGAGUCAGUGCACAGCCCAAAGCUCUCUACUGUCGGAGGACAGACUUUUAUGAGCAUGUGAUGUUUGUCUGAAGACAAGAAGUCCUUUACAAACUAGGAAUGUACCCUGAAAACAAAAAGAUCUUUUCCCUUAAGAGCCUUUUUCAUUUCUAUCUGCUGAACAGACACAUUAGGAACACAAAAUGUACCUGUUUUUACCAAAAAAAAAAAAAACCACAUGUAAGUGUGGAUCUGUAUUUAAUUCUGCAUGUCUGUAUAAAAAAAAUCAGUUUCAAGUGUGUAAGCUAGGCUCUGAGCGAAGAGCCACCUGGUCUAUAACUGUGUGACAGCUGCCACAUGGGGGCGCUAGUCUGUCAUUGAUGUGCUUUGUCAUGUUCCUUCAAACGCCUCUUCAUUCAGAAAGUGCCUCAAGUGACAAGAGAUGUUCCGGCUUUAAGCGCCACAGCAGGAGAGCUGGCAGAAGAUAGCAGUGUUUAUUUUCUGAAUCACUUUACCAGUGUGCAGUAAGAGAUAUUUACUGUUUCAUAAUAAGAAUUGUAUAUGUAUUGAAAUGUCAGAAAUGUUUCAACUUUAUAAAGUUUUCUUUAAAACGGA